AUGGGUGAGAUGCUGAAUUGCGUGAGUAUUGUUUCACUGCAGAUAGUUAAAGCUCUGCUGCAAACAGAGUGCAAAUGUCACAGCGUGUCCGGUUCUUGGACCAUGAUUACCUGCUGGCGAACCUUGCCCAGUUUUCGUCAGAUCGGUGAUGCACUUAUGAAAAAGUAUUACAGAGCCAGAUCCGUAAUAGCGAUUACCCAACCACCACCCCCUACGAUGCAAAGUAUAGAUACGUUGCAUUCAACGUUGACUGAAAUAGUGCCGAUCUUGGGGAACGACGCGAAAACUCAGGGGAAACCAAACGACGUUGGAAAGACUCGACACGACCGAAAAACCGCAAAGAAAACGACGAAACCAAGGAGGCUACAUUUGGUAUUCAAGAGGACAAAGUUGCGCGGGGGUUGUGGGACAAAAAAGUUUCCAAAGAGAAGCGACCAUAUAUUUUUACAACCCUCGCCUGAUUACUGUGAACCAGAUUUAGCGCAAGAUAGUCUAGGAAUCCAAGGUAGAUAUUGCGAUCGUACUAGCACAGGUAUGGACGGAUGCGAUCUAAUGUGCUGUGGUCACGGCUACAAUACGCAUCAAUUCACGAGAAUGUGGCAAUGCAAAUGCAAAUUUCUCUGAUGCUGCCGCGUGCAUUGUGAAACGCGAACAGAGCGUACCGAAGAGUACAAAUGCAAAUAA